GCCUAACAAGAGAAAAUAUACUAUAGUGUCUGUGACGAGUACGUUUUUUUUGCUUUACAAAGAUACAUAAGUGUCUCUUGCUUGUAUGCCUUUACAUUUAAAACUCAGUUGCACUGCAAGGUGGUGGUUCUGAAUUCCACAACAUUUUACAGAGGAAGCUGUCUAAUCUAAAAAAAGAAAUUCCCAGGAUCGCAUUUAUUGGCAAGUAGUUACAGUCUUACAGAUUAUUACUUUCCAACAGCGGGACCCCUGCUCCGAAAUUGUCAUAGAAUUACUGUAGUUUUCCACAAGGAUCCUCUCAAAGUAAAGAAAAUGCCUAAAAAGUUGUUGCUGGUGGAUGUGGACUGUGGGCUGGAUGAUGCCCAAGCCUUGAUGAUGGCUCUGGCAGCGCCUGAGGUUGAGAUUCUUGGGAUAACUUGUUGUUUUGGGAACACCACGGUUGAAAACGUCUGCAGGAAUGUACUGCGUGUUCUCCAAGUGUGUAAAAGGAUGGAGAUUCCUGUUUUUUGUGGAGCAUCUCAAUCAUUAUUAGGAGACAUUAAUCAAGAAUAUGAACAUUUUGGAGGUGAUGGGUUAGGAGAUGCGGGAGACCCAAACAGUCCAGGACUGGACCACAUACAAGAAGAGGAUGCUGUCCAUGCUUUAAUAAGGAUAAUCAGUCAGUAUGAGGGCCAAAUCAGCGUAGUAGCAGUGGGGCCCUUGACCAAUCUGGCUAUGGCAGCGAAAAUUGAUCCUACUCUUCCAAAGAAGAUUAAAAAACUGUAUAUCAUGGGAGGGAAUAUGGAAGGUAGAGGAAACAGGACCGUAUGUGCUGAAUUUAACUUCUACCUGGAUCCAGAAGCUGCUUUUAUAGUAACAAAUGAAUUUACAUGUCCCAUCUUUAUUGCUGCCUUAGAGUUCACUAGGGAAAAUAGCCUAACAAUGGAGUAUUUCAGAAACUGGGUGGAGCAAGACACUGACAAAGCCAGAUUUAUGAAGAAGAUCACAGCUAAGUGGCAACAGAAAUAUGGUUUCGUUUCGUAUGACUCUUACGCCAUGGCUGCAGCAAUUGAUGAAAGCAUUGUAACAGAGUACCUAGAGUGCGCAGCGAGUGUGGAGCUUCAUGGCAGAUAUGCCAGAGGGAUGUUGGUGCUCGACACUGAGGAUAAGUGGAAGAAACAAAAGAAAGUCAUUCUGAUGAAAAAAUGCAACCUAGAAAAAUUUAAAGAACGAUUAUGGGCUGCUCUUCAAUAAAAUAAAUAGAACUGCAUUUGA